CCGACGGCUGAAGGCACUAGAAGUGCACCUAGUCAACUAGUUACACAAACUAGAUGGGAAUGCGUUAUAUACUAUUCAUUGUGCUGAGCCUGCAGCUCGUCGGAUUGCUGCAGAGCCAGAUGAUACCCAAGGAAAUUAAAAAGUGCCGCUUUGGAGAAUCUCAGUGCAUCGUGGACUCGAUGAAUGUGUUAAUAAAGAAGUUUCCAAGAGGAAUACCGGCGCUGGGACUAAAACCCAUCGAUGUGGUGGACAUCAGGAACUCAAAGUUCUGGAACGACGAGAAGGUAGGCGCCUUCUGGCUGCAGUUUGAUCUGUUCGAUCAGGUGAACUAUGGCUUCGAGAACACGACGAUCACCAAGGUUAAUGGUUUCGACGAGAAUCCCACCUCCAGCCUGAUCGAAAUACACGGCCGGAUACCCAGUCUCAUCCACAAGGGCAACUACUUUUCCCAAGGAAGAGUGUGGAUUGUGAAGCUAAAUUCCACGGGAGAAUCCUUUUCUGACUUUCAGAACUUUCGCUUUGUCCUCAAGCUGAAGGUGAUCAUGGAGUAUCGGAAUAACAAGCGCUAUCUAAAGAUCUACAAGCUUACACCCUUUGUGAACAUGGAUCGAUGGGUUUUUUGGCUGGACAACUUUUUCGAAUCGAACACGGAUAUGUCGAUAGCCAUUAAUCAUGUAUUCAAUCAGCACUGGGUGGAAUUCUGGAACGAGCUGGAACCCAGAAAUCUAAAAAUAUUCGCCAGUGUUUUUCGCGAUAUAUUCGAGGAUGUCUUUGAAAAGGUCUCCUAUGACGAUAUGUUCUUACCAAUUGCUAAGGAAUUCUCAAGUAAAUGAUUGAAGUCUUUGUAGACUAAGGCAUUAUAUUUUUAUCGGAGUCAUAGAAGGACAAAGAUUAAUAUGGCUCGCAAACCGGUUGUACCAAUUGAUUUGCAUUAAAUAUGUUAUUGUUGAUAGUUGAAAA